CCCGGCUGGGUACACGGGAGGCCGAAAUCGUGGUUUCUGGGUGUCGGGUGGUCCUGGGGUUGGGCAGGAUUCCGGAGAACGACGGUCACCAAGUCGUGUACUUGUCGCACGCCGACUGGACAUAUGCCAGCGGAAGACUUGAGCUCUGGGCACAAAAUCGGUGGGGCAGGGGAUGUUCUCGAUCUUGGUCCCCAGGAUCUGAUUGAAGACCCCUGACUUAGCGUCCCGUGUGACAUGGCUGAGGCCCACCAGGCUGUGAAUUUCAUGCCUUCGCUGACUUCGGACAGGGGUGAAGUGGAGCUCAGUGGCCCUAUGUGGCAGGAGAUCUACCUCUCUGGCCUGCGCUCUUGGAAGAGGCAUCUCUUGAGAUUCUGGAAUGACUUUCUCACGGGUGUGUUCCCUGCCACCCCCCUCAGCUGGCUCUUCCUCUUCAGUGCCAUCCAGCUUGCCUGGUUCCUCCAGCUUGAUCCUUCUCUAGGAUUGAUGGAGAAGAUUAAAGAACUGCUGCCAGACUGGGGUGGACAGCACCAUAGGCUCCGGGGUGUUCUGGCAGCUGCGCUGUUUGCCUCGUGUCUGUGGGGAGCCCUGAUCUUCACACUUCACGUGGCCUUGAGGCUGCUUCUGUCCUACCACGGCUGGCUUCUUGAACCCCACGAAGCCAUGUCCUCAACCACCAAGACCUGGCUGGCCCUGGUCCGCAUAUUCUCUGGCCGCCACCCGGUGCUCUUCAGUUAUCAGCGCUCGCUGCCGCGCCAGCCGGUGCCCUCGGUGCAGGACACUGUGCGCAAGUAUCUGGAGUCUGUCCGACCUGUCCUCUCCGACGAGGACUUCGACUGGACGACGGGGCUGGCCCAGGAGUUCCUGAAGCUGCAGGCGUCGCUGCUGCAGUGGUACCUGUGGCUCAAGUCCUGGUGGGCGUCCAAUUACGUCAGUGACUGGUGGGAAGAAUUUGUGUACCUGCGCUCCCGCAACUCACUGAUGGUGAACAGCAACUAUUACAUGAUGGACUUCCUGUAUGUCACACCCACACCGCUGCAGGCAGCUCGUGCAGGGAAUGCAGUCCAUGCCCUGCUCCUCUACCGACACCGUCUGAACCGCCAGGAGAUUCCCCCGUAUGAGAAGAUAUUCAACACUACGCGCGUGCCAGGGGUCCAAAAAGACUACAUCCGCCACCUCCAGGACAGCCGACAUGUGGCCGUCUUCCACCGGGGUCGAUUCUUCCGUGUGGGGACCCAUUCCCAAAAUGGCCUGCUCUCCCCGAGGGCCCUGGAGCAGCAGUUCCAGCGAAUCCUAGAUGACCCCUCGCCCGCCUGUCCCCACGAGGAGCACCUGGCGGCCCUGACGGCUGCUCCCAGGGGUAUGUGGGCCCAGGUGCGGAAGUCCCUGAAGACCCAGGCCGCCCAGGCCCUGGAGGCGGUGGAGGGGGCCGCUUUCUUUGUGUCUCUGGCCGCGGAGCCAGCCGGGCUCACCAGGGAGGACCCCGCAGCUUCUCUGGAUGCCUAUGCCCACGCCCUGCUGGUGGGCAGGGGCCACGACCGCUGGUUUGACAAAUCCUUCACCUUGAUUGUCUUCUCCAACGGGAAGCUGGGCCUCAGUGUGGAGCACUCGUGGGCUGACUGCCCCAUCUCAGGACACAUGUGGGAGUUCACUCUGGCUACAGAAUGCUUUCAGCUGGGCUACUCAGCAGAUGGCCACUGCAAGGGGCGUCCUGACCCCACGCUGCCCCAGCCCCAGCGGCUGCAGUGGGACCUUCCAGAACAGGUCCACCUGUCCAUCUCUCUCGCCCUGCGGGGAGCCGAGACGUUGUCCAGCAACGUCGACUGCCACGUCUUCCCCUUCUCCCACUUUGGCAAGAGCUUCAUCAAACGCUGCCAUCUCUCUCCAGACAGCUUCGUCCAGAUGGCCCUGCAGCUGGCCCACUUCCGGGACAGGGGUCAGUUCUGCCUGACCUACGAGUCGGCCAUGACGCGCUUGUUCCUGGAAGGCAGGACCGAGACAGUGCGGUCUUGCACGCGGGAGGCCUGCGACUUCGUGAGAGCCAUGGAGGACCAGGAGAAGACAGACCCACAGUGCCUCGCCCUGUUCCGAGUAGCGGUGGAGAAGCACCAGGCUCUACUGAAGGCAGCGAUGUGCGGGCAGGGGGUCGACCGCCACCUCUUUGCGCUCUACAUCGUGUCCCGAUUCCUCCACGUGCAGUCACCCUUCCUGGCCCAGGUUCACUCGGAGCUGUGGCCGCUGUCCACCAGCCAGAUCCCUGUGCAGCAGACGCACCUGUUUGACGUCCACAACUACCCAGAUUACGUUUCCUCGGGUGGCGGAUUCGGCCCUGCGGAUGACCAUGGGUACGGGGUUUCUUACAUCUUCAUGGGGGAUGACAUGAUCACCUUCCACAUCUCCAGCAAAAAAUCAAGCACAAAAACGGACUCCCACCGGCUGGGGCAGCACAUCGAGGAUGCUCUGUUGGACGUGGCCUCCUUGUUCCAGGCAGGGCAGCGUCUUAAGCGCCGGCGCAGAGGGCCAGGGGAUGAGGACUCGGGACACAGACGUGGAUUUAUCUCCAAUAAGACUGUGGAUUCCAAAGCACCCAGGACCUCCACACCCGCUGACCCCUUCCAGUAGGGAGCUGGUCUCCCUUAGGGACGAGUGUGCAGAUCCCCACAGCUGGGCUGGCGCAGGACAGGGUGGCCAGUUUGGCAGCCCAAAAUCUGGGCCAAUAAAGAUGUGUGAGCUGGG